AUGAUAAUGCCAAAUGAUGACGAUGAUGAUGAUGUUGAUAAUGAUGAUGGUGAUGACGACAAUGUUAGUGAUGACGAUGAUGAUGAUGUUGGUAAUGAUGAUGAUGGUGACAAUAAUGAUGAUAAUAAUAAUAAUAAUGAUGGUGAUGACAAUAAUAUUGAUAAUGAUGGUGAUAAUGGUAACAAUGAGAAAGGCAAUGAUGAUAAUGUAGAUAGUGGUGGUGAUAAUGAUGAUGAUGGUGAUAAUGAUCGUGGUCAUUUGAAUAUUCUCAUAAGCACACAAAUACAUACGUACAUUCAUGCACAUACACAUUCACAUACACGUGUGCACACGCACACACAUUCACGUAUACAUACACAAGCAUACGCACACAAGCGCACAUAUACGUUACGUAUGCGCAUAUAA